UCCCAGACCCUUUUCCCCCCUCCAAACUUCCAAAAAUAAACCCCAGGAAAAUCUGUAUAAAAUUCAUCUUGAUUCUUUGCCUACCAAUGCCUCCACUCACCAUCUCCUCCCUCGACCACCUCGUCCUCACUGUGCGUUCCAUCCCCGCCACCAUCGACUUCUACACGCGCCAUCUCGGCAUGAAAGCCGAGACCUUCUCGCCCCCUUCCGCCCCGCACACCAAACGCCAUGCCCUCCUCUUCGGCCCGCACAAAAUCAACCUGCACGAAGCCGGCAAGGAAUUCGAACCGAAAGCCCAAUAUCCUCUCCCUGGCUCCGCGGAUCUUUGUUUUUUGACUGAAACCCCCGUGGCGGAUGCGCUGGAGGAGGUCAAGCGCGCGGGGCUGGAAGUACUGGAAGGCGGAAAAGUGGUGGAUCGCACGGGAGCGAGAGGGAGAAUUAGGAGUUUUUAUGUGCGGGAUCCGGAUGGGAAUCUUGUAGAGAUAUCCAAUUAUCAUUGAGCAUGUUUCGGCUCAUGCUUUACUUUUGUACAGCACAGCACAGUACAGUACUAUCAGGAUAAAUAAUGCCAAGUUAUAUGGGAUCUUGGUUUGAGAGGUCAUGUGAACGGAGUCGAUCAUCCUCACAGGCCUAAAGGUACUCACGGGUGACCAUGCUCCAAUUACGGGA